UAUUGGUAUUGUGGUGGGUGUGUAAGGGGAGGUGUGGAGGAGUGCGCAUGUGUUGGACAGCAGGUGUGGUGAGCCUCUAUGGCAGUAUGGCUGAGAGGCGGCCCUCGGCCUCCCCCACCACCACUACUACACACCUCUAUUUCACGAAGGAAGUACAAGAGAAAUCCUUGCGGGAGACUCACAGGCAGAUGUAUAAAGGACCAGGGAUCAUCCUACGGAGGAUCCUGUUGGGCGUGUGUCUUAUCCAAGUUGUUAUUACUGGCUACCUGGCCCUCUGCAUAUUCAAUUCUGCAUAUUCCACAGUUAAAAAUAUUAAAAGUUUUCCACAACUGGAAAAUAAAAGAAAAAUUGGAGACAACCUUGAAGGUGAAGACAAAAAGACCCUCGAUUUUGAUAUUGGAGAAAAUCAAGCUGCCAUUGUUUUGGCACAACAGGAAAUGAAACCUCAUGUAGUCCAAGGGAUGGAUGUGAAAUGGGAUGACGCACAUGUCAGAAAAGCUUCUGCCCUUAUAAACUUGCCGGUGGUGGAGGUGUGGAGCAAAGCGGCUGUGGGUACAUACCUGUGGCAGCACAUUUUGGAGGGUCGAGAGAGCUUGGAUGAGACUGUGCCAGGAGCUACCAUUGGGGAGUUAAGGAUGCCUGCAUUUGUUCUCAGAUAUAGAUCAGGACCUGGAGUCAUUCCAGACACUGUGCCUCAUGAUGUGAAGAAUGUGGUUUUGGUCAUAAAUGGCCGCACUGAUGACAAAGUGAAAGAUGCACGUCAGUGGUUGGAUCACAUCCAGGCCUGGGAAACUCCUCCUGUGACUAUAUUGGUGAUGCUGGGCAAUGAGAAAUGUGAAAAUAUGUGGAUAGACAAUUACUUAGUUCCUAAAGGUCCUGUGGUAGCUGUGGUGUUGACCUACGACGACCCUCGGGUAGAUCAAGUCACCUUCCAUCAGUGGCCUCUUGGUGUAGCCACAUAUAGGCAGUUUCCAGUUAUUGGUGAUGAUCAAAUUUCUCCAGAGAGUCCUAGGAAGUUUGUCUGCAACCUUAGAGUAACCCUGCAUGCAAAUUCAAGCAGAAUUGAGCUGCAUAAUUUUAUGAAAAAUGAUCCCUUUACAUCUAGUCAUUGUCUUAUCAGCAUAAGGGAUAGAUGGGUGCCCAAUGAGACGAUCGAUUCUAUGGAUGAUUACGUCAAGUCGCUUCUACAGUCAGAUCUUACCCUGUGUCCUUCUGGAAUGAACGCAGAAACAUACAGAGUAUAUGAAGCACUGUCAGCAGGCAGCACUCCAAUUAUUGAAGAUGUUUCAACUGAGGGACACUGUGACAGCAACCCUUGGAGGCUUCUUAAACGACAUGGGCCUCCUGUUAUCUGGAUCAAGAGCUGGGACCAGCUACCCAAAAUUCUGUCAAAAGAGCGCAGAUAUAGUAAACAGUAUAAAGCACUGCGUCGCUUGCGUGUGUCUCAGUGGUAUGAAUGGUUCAAGCUUAAGAUGAGGGACAGGUUCAUCUCUAUUGUCACAUCUUCAUUACUUCAGCCAGACUGAAGAAUAUGAGAAGUGAUGCUAGAGUUCAGCUCAGGAUUUUGUAAAGUCAUGAAUUUCCAGUUACACUAGUCAUGUUUUUCUGUAACAAUAGACUACAUAAGUUAGCUAAUGGAUGAUAUUUUCUGAAAUGCAGUUGAUGUUCAAGUCAAAUGUCAAAGAAUUAAUGUGAAUUUAAAUGAUAAUGAAACUGAUUGAAAAGGCACCUGAAAAGCAUAACUGUUGUCAAGUCAUCUCUUGCAAGGAUUGAUAUAAUAUACCAAGUGUUUUAUAUGCAGUGUUGUUCUUUCUAAAUGUUUAUAAUUUAAAAUAAAGUACAGAACACAUGCUGUGAUAACAUUACAUGUAUACAUAUACAUAUAUAUCAAAUAACUCUAACAAUAAAUAUAAAAUGAUAUUACUGUAUGUACAUAUAUAUGGUAUUGUAUCUUGUCAUGAUAUAUAUUUCUCACAGUGAGAAGAGUUGACUUAUAAAUAAACAUUUACUGUUUAAAAUAUAUAUUAUAGGGUCUAAUAGUACUAUUGGCUUCGUUCUUGACUCUCGAUCAGGGAUCCUAAGUUCAAUUUCAGGGCGGGACAGAAAUAGUUGGGCACAUUUCCUUUCACCUAAUAUAUUCCUGUAGCAGUAAAUAGGUACCUGGGGGGAUAAGCCAACUGUUGUGGGGUUGCAUCCUGGGAAGGGUCGGUCGUUGAACCUUGGGGAAACUUCGAUACAAGCCUAAAGUGUAUACUGUAAAGUGAUACCUCGGGUACUCGAACUUGAUUUGUUCGAGAAGGCUGUUCGAAUGCUGAUCUGUUAAAGUACCGAAUAAUUUUUUCCCAUAAGGAAUAAUUAAAUUGGAUUAAUGCAUUCCAGACCUAAAAAAAAAUACACUUAUAAAAGCAUUUGUACUUGAAUUUAACUUGAAGUUUACAGUUCCCAAAACACAAUAAAUAGAUGAAAUACAUGCAAGUUUAUUCUCACUUUACCUGUACUUAAGAGAGUAGAUGGUUCAGUAUGAGAGUUCAAUAACAUCUCUCCUUCCCUUCCUCACUUUAUGUGGAAAGUGGUGAGGAGAAAUAUUAUUGUUUGGCAGGGAAGUCCCCUGUUUGAUGAUAUUCCUUUUGUUUUGUUUUACCUUCAUUUAAAAUUUUUUUUAAAGUAAGACAGCACUGGCAUUUAACCAGUUUAUAAUACAGUUUGCCACAGCUAGAACAUCCUCCCUUCCCUCCUCCUCCUCUGAAGACCAUGUCUCAGCUGCAGUAUGUUAUGAGAUGUUUCUAUAGUCGAGUGCCCACCAAACUGUCAACUACCGAGUUGUUUGUCUCAAAUAAAGUGUUCAAUUGCCGAACUUUUAUAGUUCGGGGCCGUUCGAGUCCUGAAGUAUCACUAUGUUCACAGGCUUGCUGUCCCAGACAAAAAUAAUUAUUAUUUUUAUUAAAGAAUAAGGGCUUUUGAAACCUAGUUUGUUUUGUAAAAUGGGUACAGUACAUAUAAUAGCAAGAUGUGAUAUAAAGUGUUGAGGAUGAUAAUCAUGUAGUGUAUUACCAAAUUAUUGUGAUAAAUCUGUGUAACAAUGGUGUGUUAUAGUUAUGCAUAUAAUGCACUGUGUUUAUAGACUUAAGGAGAUGCUGCUGUGCUAACUUUGUCUAAAAUGCCUUACCUCAGAAAAUAUGUAAUAUAGAUAUUGUGUAUGCAAAGACAAUUACUGUUAGCUUGAAGAGCAUGAUUUAAGGGUGACGGUGCUUAUGACAGAGUAGUAUAACUAGUUAACCAUAGUAUACAACAAUAGGUGAAAGCUUACUUUGCGAUGAUUUUGGGGCUUAGCGUCCCCGCGGCCUGGUCCUCAACCAGGCCUCUAGUACGUCAAGCUGAGUACAGUAUUUCAAUGGAUUUGUGUAUGUUAACCUUUUUUUUUUCUGAGCUGUUACCCUCAGUAGUUUCCUGGUGUUUAAGGCCCCGAGAUAUCCACAUGCUACCAGACCCCUGGACAUGUACGUCCUACACAAGACCAGGAUCACAAUGUGGUUUGAGGAUCAAAUAUCGAUUCAAAGAAAAUUGCCAAUAAAAUCGUAGGCAAAUCAAAAUGACCAACUGCUCUUAAGAAAAUAAAUUUAAGAGGGCCAGAAAAUGAUAGGGUGCAGCAGGUAAACAAACCCAGCUGUAAUUCACCUGACUAUCACCAAAUGGUAUCCCAGGCCUCCCGUGGUCCUGGUUCAUGACCAUCCUGGGAGACGGUGGCUGAGCGAACAGAACACUGGACGCGUGAUCCUGUGUUCGAUCCCGGGCGCCGGCGAGAAAUAAUGGGCAGAGUUUCUUUGACCCUGAUGCCCCUGUUACCUAGCAGUAAAUAGGUACCUGGGUGUUAGUCAGCUGUCACGGGCUGCUUCCUGGGGUGGAGGCCUGGUAGAGGACCGGGCCGCGGGGACAAUAAGGCCCAAAAUCAUCUAAAGAUGAAGAAUCUUGGCUCAGAUACUUGGUGGGAGUCACAGCAUACCAUUUCCUGCAGGACUGGUCAGUCCAUCUUAAAGAAAAGUGGUGUUGGUGUUCCUUAGCAUAUUGUAAUAUGGAGGGCCAUGCUUUUUAUAUUGUUUGUUAUUUAUACUUCAUGCCACCCACCUUGUGGAUACCUAGCUGACUAUAACUUGGUUUCACAUUCUCUUUCUUGGCACUGGUUUGCAUUUACCUUUUUCCUAGAGAUACCUUUUUUUCUUCGGUUGUUCCCAUUUUGUUUUAAUAAAUGCCUUGGGUGCAAUGCUGUCCGGGUGAAAACGAUGGUGGUUGAAAACCACUGUGGUUGGCACUUUGCUUCCUUCCAUGUCCAUCUUCCUUUUAAAUGCGUGUUUUUUUGAAAGUGGAGUAUCAAAGGCUUUUCCUUUCUUAGUUUUCAUUCGUCUGUGAAUUUCUGGCAGUUUUGUGUCGAUGUUUUAUCCCCACGCCUCUUUGAGCACAAGCAAUUGUGAUCAUGGUCUCCAGUUAGCCCAUGGAAAUUCGGGGAUGUGGUGCUAGUCGUUGGCACUGUGGAACUGCUGAGGGACCACUUAAAAAUAGGCAUUUCAUCAUAUUCAGAUUUUAUAUAUUUUUUAAAAUGUGUAUCACUUAAGUAGGAUCAGUAUUAUUAAAGUACAGUGUAGAUACAUGUACAUAUUAUCCUUGCACUCAGUGCCUACUCUAAUAUUAGUUUUGAUAGCACUUGGUACAUGCUUGUUAUUAAUGGUCAUAUAUACAUGAUUUUUUCUUAAAUGUUAUUAUAUAAAAUAAUGGCAUCUAUAUAAUAAAUAUUAGUAUAAAAGGCAAUGCGAUAAAUUGUUAUGAUGUUGGUGAUAAUUGCUUGUAUGGUAUUGUGAUAAUACCUUUCCUCCACCUUGAGAAAUCAGAAAUUCCUAUAUGCAAUUGACCAGUGUUUCAACUACACUGGUCACUGGCAGCUAUUAUGUUGAUGUUGGUGUUUGUAAUCUUGAGACUUGUAAUUGCUGCUGGUUGUAUUUUCAAUUUUUCUUGGCCUUGAGUAGAUUGCAUACCUCUGAGAUCCACCCUGGUGUACUGGGAGGCAGGACCAGACUUUUGCUCUCUCUACAAGGCAAGGGUAGCCUGUGAAUCAUAAGUCAACCCAAAAUCAAGAAAACACUUGACAAAGGGUUUGUGCAACAAAACCAGUGAUGGCGUGAAGGAAAAUAAUAGCCCUAAUGUAACAAAAACAGUCAAUUCUGUGGGAAAACUAGUUGCAGGUGCCAUGUUUAUGGCAGGGUACAGUGUGUUCAACGGUUUCGGUUAUGAGGGUGGUGGUCUGUUCAUUUCUGUUGGAGAACGGGCCUCUGUACUGUGUCAAGUCUCAAUUUUCUGGCCCCUGUGGUCUGGUGGAAUUUCCCUAGCUAUGGGUCCUGGGUUUUCAGUCCCUACAUGUGGUAUUGUUGUGUGUUGGCCUCUUUGGGAUGGUGGCAUUUUUUAAAAAUUAUCCUCCUCUUCAUAAUGGUAAUGAGCUUCACCUGUGUUGGGGCUGGCAAUAUGGACCUGGUCUUGGUGUGGAUGUCCUCACUCGUUGAUGUGCAUUCAUUUGUGGCUUCUUUGAUUUUCCACUAUUGUAGUCUUCUCUGUGCUGUUGACAGUGUAUCUGCACAUUUAUUUCAAAUCUGGGGUUUCACUUGAUCUUGCUAUACAUGUGUUGCAGUUUAGUGUUUGGCACAGAUAGCUUCUAGUGUACCAAUGGGACACCUCAUCAAUCAAGGCGUCAUUGUGAGCAAGCUCGGGAAGCUACUAAACGGUCCCUCCUAGAAGUCAAGUAGUGAAUUUAUGAAACUCACAUUUUUUGGCGGUCCCCAGUAGCUCACCGUCUUCUUCCACCCUGUCGUCUUCUUCCUCGUAGGGAUUUGAGAGUUCAACACGAGUGGCUUAUGAGUAAGGUGGCAGGGUGAGUGAGAAUCUAGGUGACUGGGGCUGCCAUCUUGGAUAUCGGGCACAUCACUCGUCUUCCAGUGUCGGCUCGGUUGCGACCGAGCUCUGCUCCGUCCGGUGGCGAUGGUCUCGUAUUUACGUAGUGGUAUUUGAAACAUUUGUGCAUCAUCCAGAAUGUUGCUUGCAUAGUUUAUGCUCGGGGUCGAGUUUUACUGAAAGUAGCAUUGAGGAAAGUUUUGCGGCAUAUUGAAUGUGCUUGCAUAAGGUCUCAUUUCCAUUCAGUUUUAAUGGAUUAGUUUGUAAAUGAUUUGUCCUUCUGUUAUUUGUACGAGGCGUUUGGCCGAUGGACCCGUUGCCCUCCAAGUUAGAAUUAAAAGCUUUUGGUGUAUUUUGCACUAUUUCCAGAUUAUAAAGGGUUUGAGGCGAAUGCUUUGCUUGGACUGGAGUCUAAGUUUGUUCAUUGUUUUCAUCUAGUCCAGCUCCUCGUUUUUAUCUUGGCCAAGCUGGAAACAUGCUGACAGGGGUGUUCUUUUGACUCCUCGGUGGUUGAUCCAGCAAUGGUUUCUAGACCUUUGUGUUGUCUUUGUCUAUCGCAGCAAAUGUGUGGGGUGAUAGUGUAUAUCUCAUUGGUUUGAGAAAUGUUGCAAGUGGAGUUUCUAGACUUAAUGGUCUCAUCACAUGUAUGAUAAACAGGUGAUAGAUGUCCUUUUGUUGCAUUUGUAGCUAUUAUCUUGGCAGUAGUAUCAGGUGACUCGAUAGUCCUUCUGCCUCUGUCAUUGUACCUCUGUGUUGCAGCGGUCCUGUUCUUUGUGUCUUGGCUUUUUGGAUUGCUUUGGAGGAGUCCCUAUUGGUGAUGCAUGGGGCCGACGUGUGAUCCUUCCCUUUCGUGAAGUUGUCUCAAUGUUCUUUCAUCUGCAUGGGUUGGCAAUGUGGCAAGCUGUAUGCUUUGAAGGGUGAGGUUUCUGCAUGUUUUGGUUGGGUUACUGAUUCCUUCUGUUUGAACGGUGUUUUUCUGGUAUAAAUGAGGUGUGUGGAGUUGAGAGAUCGUGAUUGCCUGCAAUGUGGAAGUGAUGGUAUACUAUUGUAAUUGUCAAGAGCUCUUUUGUCUAUAAAUUUAGAAGUAAUGUCAAAGUUUUGAAUAAACAAAUUGUGAAGUGUUACUAUAUAGAAAUGUAUAAUUUAUGUUGUUGCUUUGAUAAAUAAAAUUUUAUUGUUA